AUGAUCAGUUCUGUUACUCACUUCAUCCUCUUGGGCUUCCCCACCAGCAGGGAGAUACGGAUGGCCUACUUUAUGAUGUUCUCAGUGAUCUAUAUGCUAACAUUAAUGGGAAAUGCAGCUAUUGUCUGUGCUGUGCGCUGGGAUCGGCACCUCCAUACCCCCAUGUACAUAUUUUUGGGGAAUUUCUCUUUCCUGGAGAUCUGCUAUGUCUCCACAACUGUUCCCAACAUGUUGAGCAAUUUUCUUUCUGAGAGCAAGACCAUCACAUUUGUUGGUUGCUUUGUGCAAUUCUAUUUCUUCUUCUCUUUUGGCUGUGAUGAAGGUUUCUAUCUUUGCAUCAUGGCAUUUGAUAGAUACCUUGCUAUCUGUCGUCCACUGCAUUACCCAACCAUCAUGACCACAUAUCUCUGCACUAGCUUGGUGAUUUUUGGCUGGUCAGGUGGCCUUAUCCUCUUUCUAAUACCAGUUGUUCUCAUCUCACAAUUGCCCUAUUGUGGCCCAAACAUUAUUGAUCACUUCAUAUGUGAUCCUGUCCCAUUGAUGUCCCUUUCAUGUUCCCAAGACCAUACCACAAAGCUCAUUUACUCUACUUUCAAUGUCAUCUUUAUGGUUGGUACUUUUAUCUUCAUCCUCAUUUCCUAUGCUUUAGUCAUUCUUUCUGUGCUGCGGAUCCCCACUGCUGCUGGCAAACGCAAGGCCUUCUCCACAUGUGCUUCACAUCUAGCUGUAGUGAUCUUAUUCUUUGGCUCUGUUAUGGCGAUGUAUGUGCGGCCAGGAUCAGAGCAGCCAGUAAAAUUUCAAAAAGUUGUGACACUGUUUUAUUCAGUUAUCACUCCACUUCUCAACCCCAUGAUCUACAGCCUCCGAAAUAAAGAUAUGAAGGCUGCUCUGAAGAAAGUUGUGGUGACCAAAAAGACUUCUCAGAAUUAG